AAAUACAUGGCUUUGAACGCUGUUCCAAUCUGGGUUUCUUGUGCUAAUCAACGUUGUAAUCAGUAUACUCCAAGUUGUGGUUCUCACGUAGUCCAGUCUUGGCGAUUAGGCUCUGGGGAUGGGUUCUUGAAUCGUCUGCGCCUGCGUCAGAAAUGGGGUUGCUCGGAUUUGAAUUCUCUUCCAAAACCCUUGACAGCAACUGAUUUUUCAUCCACUUCUAAUGAUGGUUCAAAAGUCAAGGUUGCUUAUCAGGGGAUUCCUGGUGCGCAUAGUGAGGCUGCUGCACUUAAAGCAUACCCAAACUGUGAGACUGUCCCAUGUGACCAGUUUGAGGCUGCAUUUAAGGCAGUUGAACUAUGGUUAGUGGACAAAGCAGUGCUUCCCAUCGAGAACUCUGUAGGCGGUAGCAUCCAUCACAACUACGAUUUGCUUCUUCGCCAUAGGCUGCAUAUAGUGGGAGAAGUUCGAUUGCUCAUUAACCACUGCCUUUUAGGAUUGCCCGGAGUCAGAAAGGAAGAGCUGAAGCGCGUUUUGAGCCACCCUCAGGCAUUGGAUCAAUGUGAGAUGACACUUAGUAAGUUUGGCAUUGUUAGGGUCAGUGCUGAUAAUACUGCAGGUGCUGCUCAGAUGGUAGCCUCUGAAGGGGCGAGAGACACCGGGGCAGUGGCAAGCGCUCGAGCUGCAGAAAUUUAUGGCCUCGAUGUAGUUGCAGAGCGCAUUCAAGAUUACUCGGACAAUGUUACCCGAUUUCUAAUACUUGCAAGAGAACCGAUGAUCCCCAGAACAGAUAGGCUACAUAAGACUAGCAUCGUUUUCACCUUAGAAGAAGGACCUGGAGUUCUGUUCAAAGCCUUAGCCUGCUUCUCCCUCAGAGACAUUAAUUUGUCUAAGAUUGAAAGCCGGCCACAAAGAAAGUGGCCAUUAAGAAUAGUAGGCGACGAUUCCAAUAAGCGAAGUGCAAAGUACUUUGAUUACCUCUUUUACAUAGACUUGGAAGCAUCAAUGGCAGAGCCACGCGCACAACAUGCUUUGAGACAUUUACAGGAAAUUGCCAAAUUUAUUCGAGUCCUCGGUUGCUACCCUAUGGAUGGCAGUCUGUAAAAAUUCAAGAUGACACCAAGUUGCAUAUACAUGCGAUCCUGUGAGCAGAUUUUCAGUGGACCAGUGCAGAAAUGUGAAUGAAAUUAGUGCAAUAUAAUGUUGCUUUUUGUGUCUAAUUUUGUAUUGUGGGUCAAAAAUGUUGUUUCCAGAAUCCAGAUAAAUAUAAAUAAUCCUACCAAAGAAGAGUGAAUCUGAUGCACUAUGGCAACAGAUCCCAUUAAGAACCAUUCUUUUGCAUUAUGGAAACGUACAGAUUCCGAUCAA